GCCGCGCAGUCAAACUGAAAAGUUAAAAGUCAGUUUCAGUAACGUUUUGGAGUACGGCGCGCGAGCAUUAUUGUUUCCAUUGUUGACGAAGGUUUUUAUUUCAAAACUCGCUUUGCCCAGCUCUUUCGUGUUGCUAUUUUUUUUUAAACUUGUCCUUGAGGAGCUUAAAAGAAAAACCCAUAAAAACUAACAGUGUGUAGAUUAGAGUAUAUUGAUGAGUGAACAAAGGAUAGCGCCGCCACAGCGAGUGAUAAGCGACCUGCUGCCGCUGCGACCCGCACACUGAAAGAAAAACGGGCGCAGAUCAAAGGGCCGUCGCCGUCGACGAAUGCAUUUGCAUCUCCUGGUGGCAGCCAAGUCGCCUCCAUCUGAGCAUACGGAUACGGGCGUUGUGGGGGAUACGGACUCGGAAUCGCCGUUGGGACUAGGAUUGGGCGCUGGAUCUGGGUUGGAAGCGGAACUAGGAGCUGCCACCACUGUGGCGCCCGUCAGUGUCGCCGGUCCCGGCCGCCUGGGUCGCAGCAUCAACGGCAGCGGCGGCAGCCACCACCACCACCACCUGCACCACCACUACGCCCCCUACCACGCCCACCACGCCCACCACCCGUACCAUCCCCAUCCCCAUCCCCAUCCACACCCAUACCACACAUAUCCGCCGGCAGGCCAUCCACAUCCACAUCCGCAUCCAGCUCCCCAUUCGCAUCCGCAUCCGCAUCCGCAUCCGCCGGCCAUGGUCACCUCGUCGUCCGCUUCGCCAACGGGAAAUGGCUGGAGCAGCAGCACCGGGGACUUUAAGGGCAUCACGGCAGUGGUCACGGCCACCGAUGGAGGUCGCCUGGUGGCCAACCAGGGAGCCACUGCCUCCACGGGCGCCACUGCCGCCGAGGUGCUCGCCGUUUCGAGCAGCGCCAGCGUGGGCAGCAGCUCGCCCACAGGUGGCGCCAGCAAUGGCACUGCCCACAGCGGACACAGUGGACACAGUGGACACACCGGCGGUCACAGCAGUAGUAACACCAGCAAUAACAACAACAACAACAACAACAACAACAACAACAACAAUAAUGGUGCCAGCAACAGUAACAACAACAAUAACAACAACAAUAAUAAUAAUAACAAUAAUGCAGUACACCAGGAUCUACUGUGGAUGGAGCGAUUGGUGCUCAAGCGACAGCAGGAGCAUCCCGGAGAAUUGGUGCGCACGAGCAAUCCGUACUUCCUGUGCUCCGCCCUGCCCGCCCAUUGGCGCUCCAACAAGACGCUGCCGAUGGCCUUCAAGGUCGUCGCGCUGGCGGAGGUGGGCGACGGCACCUACGUCACCAUCCGGGCGGGAAACGACGAGAACUGCUGCGCGGAGCUGCGCAACUGUACCGCCCAGAUGAAGAACGACGUGGCCAAGUUCAACGAUCUGCGCUUCGUGGGUCGCAGCGGCAGAGGGAAGAGCUUCACGCUGACCAUCACGGUGGCCACGAGUCCGCCACAGGUGGCAACCUACGCCAAAGCCAUCAAGGUGACCGUCGACGGACCUCGGGAGCCCCGCUCCAAGACAAGUCCGACGGGUGGGCCGCACUACCGGGCUCUGGGCCUCGGCCAGCGGCCCUAUAUCGACGGAUUCCCGACCAAGGCGUUCCAGGAGCUGGAGACGAUGCGGCGCUCUGCCAAAGUGGCGGCGGCAACGACGGCAGCGGCUUCGGCGGCGGCCACCGCGGCAACGGCGGCCAAUGCGGUGGCAGCGGCGGUGGCCGUCACGCCCACGGGCGCCGGCGGAGGCGCUGCUGCGGGGGGCGUGGCCGGCGGAACGGGCACUGGCCUGGUGCAGCAGCUGAGCAGCAAUUACUCAUCGCCGAAUAGUACAAUCAACUCGGACUGCCAGGUCUAUAAGCCAAAUGCUCCGCACAUCCAAGGUGCCGACAUGAUGGGCGCCGGCGAGUGGACGGGAUCCUCGAGCUCGGCGGCUGCCUACUACCACCACAGCCACGCCCACCACCCGCACGCCCACCAUCCGCACGCCCAUGCGCACGCCCACCUGCAGCACCAGAUGGCCCUGCCGCCGCCGCCGCCCCCUCCCGCUGCCGCCCCCGUGUCGGUGGGUGGCAAUGGCGGGGCUAUGGGCAUGGGCGUGGGCGUGGGCGUGGGCGUGGGCAUGAACCAUUACGGCGGGGGCUACGACUCGGAGGCGGGGCAGUAUGCCGCCCAUUUGCCGGCCGUGCUGCCCGAGAUGCAUGGCCAUGGAUUCGCCACGGAUCCCUACCAGACAGCCGGCUACGGAGGCGUCUCCAAUUCGGUGGGCGGCGGCGGAGGCAGUGCCUCCAAGUCGGAGCUGGACUACGGCGGUGGCUACAAUCAGGCGUGGUCGAACGGGUAUCAGAACUAUCAGUACGGCAGCUGCCUGGCCCCCGCCCCGCCCCCUCAGAUGGCGUCGGCGGCCCCGCCCCCGCCGCCGCCGGUGGUGCUGUGUCCGCAGCUCUACUCCACGGUCAACCAGAACCAGAUCCACCUGCACCUGCACAGCAGCGAGAAGCUGGAGCAGUACCUGGGCACGGCCAGUGGGGCGGACCACCUGACCAUUGGCUCGCUGACGGGCGGCAGUCGCUCCAGCCUCGAGAUUGCCCAGGAUCAAUAUCAUCCACUGCAGCAGCAGCAGCAGCAGCAGGUGCAGCAGGUGCACCACCCCCUGCAGCAGGUGGAAGCCACUGGGGAAGUGGGUGGUGGAGGAGGAGGAGGAGGAGGAGGUGGCGGUACUGACUCCGCCCGCGAGGAGGAUGUGGGCGAUCUCACGCAGGUGUGGCGACCAUAUUGACCCAAUCGGAUCACCACCCAUCGGCCAGCACCAGCCAGCCGCCAAGCCAGCCACCCACUUGCCACCAGCACCACCACCACCACCACCCACCACCCACCGCUGCACCUGCACAUCGAACUGAACUAGGAGAGCAGCAGCAA